AUUUCUGACCCAAUUCAUCAAGACGGCAAACGUUGAGCACAGAGCGAAAGAGACGAACUGAUUGAUUAGUCUGAUUAGUUGAAAGACGGAGAAAGCAGGCUCACAGAUCAGAACUGAACCAACUCUUCUUCCUGCUCCAGCAAAAAUUCUCCAUAAUUAGGGUUAGGGUUUUCAAUUUGGAAGCGACAAAUGUCUGCGCACGAAUCACCAUACAACGCCAAUGGUGAAGACGAUAAGUCCUCCCAACAGAAGCAAAAUUCUCAUGGCUGGACUCGUGAGAGACCUGGGACUCGAGAGCGAGGUCGAGAGAGGGAAAGGGACCGAGACCGCCAUUUUAGGGACCACAAAGCCAGGGGCUUGAGAGAUCAUGGAGGCAGGGGCAAGUAUGAUAACUAUAGCUCACGGAAACGAGAUUACUUCAGGAAAUGCGAAUACAGUCGAGAUAAAGAAAAGCAGCAUAGACACAGAUCACGUUCUCGCUCCAGGGAUAGAUUUGGGAAUCGAUCCAUAUCACCCUCGCAUUCUCCAAGAAGCAAGCGGAGAAGUGGUUUUGACAUGGCUCCACCAGUUGGAGCCAUUCUGCCUGGUGCUGCUGUUCCAGGGCAAUUGCCUGCUGUUCCUCAAACAGUACCAGGAGUUGCACAAAAUAUGUUGCCUUUUGGAACAGCCCAGGUGGGAGCUCUUCCCCUGAUGCCAGCCCAAUCAAUGACUCAGCAGGCAACAAGGCAUGCUCGUAGGGUAUACGUCGGAGGUCUACCCCCCAUGGCAAAUGAGCAGGCAAUUGCAACAUUUUUUAGCUGUGUUAUGGCUGCAAUUGGAGGAAAUUCGGCUGGUCCUGGUGAUGCAGUAGUUAAUGUGUACAUUAAUCAUGAGAAGAAAUUUGCAUUUGUUGAGAUGAGAACUGUUGAAGAAGCUAGUAAUGCAAUGGCAUUAGAUGGGAUUAUGUUUGAGGGUGUUGCAGUAAGGGUCCGGCGUCCUACAGAUUACAAUCCAGCAUUAGCUGCAGCCCUUGGCCCAAGCCAACCAAGUCCUCACCUUAAUUUAGCUGCUGUUGGAAUCACCCCCGGAGCAAUUGCUGGAGCAGAAGGACCUGACCGAAUCUUUGUGGGUGGAUUGCCAUAUUACUUUACUGAAGCACAAAUAAGAGAGUUACUAGAAUCUUUUGGCCCUCUCCGUGGCUUUGACCUUGUUAAGGAUAAAGAUACAGGGAAUUCUAAAGGAUAUGGUUUUUGUGUUUAUAAGGAUCCAGCAGUGAUAGAUGUUGCAUGUGCUGCGCUUAACGGGUUGAAAAUGGGUGAUAAGACACUAACUGUUCGUCGUGCAACCAUAAGCCUUCCUGAUGUGAAAAUAUUACCGAACAGCACUGGGCAGUCCAAGUCAGAACAGGAAAAUAUAUUAGCUCAGGCACAGCAGCAUAUUUCAAUGCAGAAGAUGGCCUUGCAAGUUGGAGGUUUUAGUCUCUCUGGAGUCGAAACUUCACCUUCAGUAUUUGCAGAAGCUCCUACUAAAGUUUUGUGCUUAACUGAGGCGAUUACGGCCGAUACGUUAAGAGAUGAUGAGGAAUAUGAAGAAAUACUUGAAGACAUGAGGGAAGAAUGUAGCAAGUUUGGAACCUUGUUGAAUGUUGUUAUUCCUCGCCCAAAUCCAAAUGGAGAGCAGAUGCCAGGUGUUGGAAAGGUGUUCUUGGAAUACUCGGAUACGAGUGCUUGUGCAAACGCAAGGAAUUUGCUAAGUGGGAGGAAAUUUGGAGGGAAUGUUGUGAUUGCAGUUUAUUACCCGGAAGACAAGUAUUACAGCAGAGAUUAUAGUGCAUAGGGGGGAUUAAACUUGUAUUUUGUGUUACUUUUAAUUCACAAUGUACAGUAGUCUUCUGCUAGUGAUCUGAAGACUAAGAUACGAGUUGUGAAUGUUGUGAUAUUUUGCUUGUUUGGUAAUCAAUUUAUAAAUAUACAUUUUCCUAUAUCAUCAAUGUACCAUUUCUGUUAACUGCCA